AUGGAAUCCGUAACCACGAGUGGUGUCUCUGCAGCAGCCACCGACGAUAAUCUCCAAUCGAGCGGCUCAUCGUCUCCCGCAGACGCCGUUUCACGGUUGAUCCACGCCGUUUCGCAGCGGCAACAGCAUCUUCUCGACAAGACUGUCCCUCACGUUCUCUAUCGAUGGAUCGCUUGCCUCUGUGUCGUUUUAAUCUACUUCGUUCGUGUCUACUUGGUGGAAGGCUUCUACAUCAUCACCUACGCAAUCGGAAUCUACCUUUUGAACCUCAUCAUUGCUUUCCUCUCUCCUCAGGAAGAUCCCGAAGCUUCUCUCAGCGGUGGUACUCUUCCUACUCGUGGAUCCGAUGAGUAUCGACCGUUUGUUCGUCGUCUCCCCGAGUUCAAGUUCUGGUUCGUUAUCGAUCAUUAG